GGUUGCCAUGGCAACGGCCUUCCCCAGGCCUGCCCUGGAGACUUCUCCAGUGCUGUGUCGAGGAGGGCACCCCCCAGGAGCCUCCACUCCGCCAGCUGUUGUGUCUUCCUGUUUUCUCACCACGGAAACAGUGACCUCAGCCCUCCACCCCUACCGCUGGCGGGGCGGGAGAGCUGCUGUGUAUUUAUCAUCUCUGGGGAGGUGGUCUUACCUUGGCCCCGCCCUCGGGGCGGGACUGGGAUAGCCCUGGCAGGGGGAGACCCUUACUCGGCUCCAGCCCAGAGUUCCGGCCCCGCCCCCAGCCCUGCCCGAGCUCACUCCCCGGCCCUCCAACCGCACCCAGACCGCAGACCCUCCUAGCCUGCAGCUGUCGCCUCUGCUCCAGCCGCAGCCGCCACAGGCCCGUAAGGUGUCUGACUUAAUCCGCCUCCAGAGCCGGAUCUUUCUCUGGUGGGGUCCUCAGCAAAGACCGCUGCCAUGCCGGUGACGGUGACCCGCACCACCAUCACGACCACGUCGUCGUCCUCGGGCCUGGGCUUCCCGACCACCGUGGGGUCCCCUCGGGCACUGGCCCAGCCCCUGGGCCUCCUACGUCUGCUGCAGCUGAUCUCCACCUGCGUGGCCUUCUCGCUGGUGGCCAGUGUGGGCGCUUGGACGGGCGCCAUGGGUAACUGGUCCAUGUUUACCUGGUGCUUCUGCUUCGCCGUGACCCUCAUCAUCCUCAUCGUCGAGUUAGGCGGGCUCCAGGCCCGCUUCCCCCUGUCCUGGCGCAACUUUCCCAUCACCUACGCCUGCUACGCCGCCCUCUUCUGCCUCUCGGCCUCCAUCAUCUACCCUACCACGUACGUCCAGUUCUUGUCUCACGGCCGCUCCCGGGACCACGCCAUCGCCGCCACCACCUUCUCCUGCAUCGCUUGCCUGGCUUAUGCCACCGAAGUGGCCUGGACCCGGGCACGGCCCGGCGAGAUCACUGGCUACAUGGCCACCGUGCCAGGCCUGCUCAAGGUGCUGGAGACCUUCGUGGCCUGCGUCAUCUUCGCCUUCAUCAGCAACCCCUACCUGUACCAGCACCAGCCGGCCCUAGAGUGGUGCGUGGCCGUGUACUCCAUCUGCUUCAUCCUGGCGGCCGUGGCCAUCCUGCUGAACCUGGGCGACUGCACCAACAUGCUGCCCGUCCCCUUCCCCAGUUUCCUGUCCGGGCUGGCCCUGCUCUCCGUCCUCUUCUACGCCACGGCUCUGGUCAUCUGGCCGCUCUACCAGUUCAACGAGAAGUACGGCGGCCAGCCCCGGCGCUCCAUGGAUAUAAGCUGCAGCAACAGGCACGCCUACUACGUGUGCUCCUGGGACCGCCGACUGGCUGUGGCCAUCUUGACAGCCAUCAACCUGCUGGCUUACGUGGCCGACCUGGUGUACUCGGCCCGCCUGGUUUUUGUCAGGGUCUGAGGCUCUGCCCUGGAGGGGCUACCGAUUCCCUCUUCUCAGCGGAGAUUCUUUACCAAGUCCUGAGGCCUUCUGAGGUCCUCUUCCCGGCUCCCCUCUCUCCUGCGUUUCUCAUAUCCUUCCCAACUCACCCUCCUCUCUCUCCUGUUUCUUUCACUCCUCCUUCUGUUCUGUCUCCCUUCCUGCUCUGUUUGGUUACCACAUCCUGUUCAGCUUCCUUCUUUCUGCUCUCUUCUUUUCUACACGUUCGGCUUUGGGGCUCCUUUCUGGUCGUCCUGUUUGUUUUCUCAACUGCCUGUUGCCUGACCACCUCUUCCCAGUUUCCUUGUGAUCGAUCAGGAGCCCUGAGACUUCUUCCUUCUCUGCCCCACAGCCCACUCCCACCUCCAGAGGUGCUGAGCCCCACAUCACACACCCCUUUUGCAGCUGUUCACACCCUGGGCCUCCAGAGGGGCCCCAUUGCCAAAGCAUGCCUGCCCACCCUGGCUGUGCCUUAGUUGGUGUGUAUGUGUGUGUGUCUGGGGGGUGGGGGUGGGUAGCUAGGGAUUGGGCCCCCUUUCUCCCAGUGGAGGCGGGGUGUACAGUGUACCUCCCCUUUAAGUUAAAAACAAAAAACAAAAAACAAAACUCUGAAGGUCAAUAAUUUCCAGUGGGCGGGAGGCUUAAAGCAUAGAUCCUGGGUCCCUAGAACCCGCCUGGUGCUCAGCCUCGCCUGAGAUCGGCUCCAGAAUUUUUGCCAGGCUUACUAAAAACCCACUGCCUAGAGGCCAUCUUAAAGGAAGCAAGGGGUGGAUGACUUCCAUCCCAACUACUCCCUGGGGUAUCAAAAAACUGGCAAAAAAACUGCAUGGUCUUGAAGACAACUGUCUGAAGUAUUUGUAAGGGCCAGUGAUGUGGCCCUCCAGCCUCAGUGUCAAAAAUUGCAUCUCCUGCCUUUGCAGGGAGGAGAAGAAAAUGGCCACUGCCAGCCUUAAAGGUGAUGUUAGCCUGGGGUUUUUUUUCCUUUUUUUUUUCUGGUCACUAGGGCAACAAUCACUGGGUGGCCCUUUUCUUAAAAGGGAAGUUUCUUUUCAAAAAAACUUUGGGGGUGGGGUGGGUUGGGGGGUGGGAAUUGCUACUGUGCCGUAGUCAAAGGAAUUGCAUCGCUUGAGUGUGUGGUGUACACACACGUGUGUUUCUGUGUGCUAGUUGCUUUCUGCUGCUGCUUCCUGCUUCUCUGGGACUCACGUGCGUAACAUGAUCUAUAUAAAUGUAUAAAUAUAUAUUUUAUUUUUUUUAAAUUCCCUGGAGCUUCUGGUUCCCAUCAGCCCCUGCUGUCAAUCAUAGAGAGAAGCCUUGUCCCUUCUCCCACAUCAGUAAUGUUCUUUUUUUUUAAACCCCAAUAUAAAGAUAAAAGAAA